UCUAGACUCCCCAGAAGAAGAAAAUAAUAUUACUGUUGCCAUUAAGUUUUGCAGGGUGUGAAGCAGAGGAAGAGGAAAAAUGGUGGCAAAGUUAGUUAAUGCAGGAUUGGAAAUGGCAAUGGGCGAGAAAAUGAAGAAGAAGAUGAACAGAAUUGGUGAGAAGGCGAAGAGGUUUCCAAGCAUGGCCUGGAAAACUACGUGGAAAGUUGGACGUGAAGAUCCCAGAAGAGUGGUCCAUGCACUUAAAGUGGGUCUGUCUCUAACUCUCGUCUCUUUGCUCUAUCUUCUUGAACCACUCUUCAGAGGGAUUGGCCAGAACGCCAUCUGGGCCGUCAUGACCGUCGUUGUUGUGCUUGAAUUCACUGCAGGGGCAACAUUAUGCAAGGGGCUGAACAGAGGGUUGGGGACACUGUUGGCUGGAUUAUUAGCAUUUCUUUUAGAGUAUAUUGCAGAAGCCUCUGGUCGGAUCUUUCAAGCUGUUUUCAUUGGCGCUGCAGUUUUCUUUAUAGGAGCUGCGGCAACAUACAUGAGGUUCAUUCCUUACAUCAAGAAGAACUAUGACUACGGCGUAGUCAUAUUCCUGUUGACCUUCAAUUUGAUCACCGUGUCAAGCUAUCGUGUGGACAAUGUCAUCAAGAUUGCCCAUGAUCGUUUCUACACCAUCGCCAUUGGCUGUGCCAUUUGCCUUCUCAUGAGUCUCCUCAUCUUCCCCAACUGGUCCGGCGAAGACCUCCAUAAGUCCACCGUCUUCAAGCUCCAGGGCCUCGCCGAUUCCAUUCAGGCUUGCGUUAAUGAGUACUUCAAAGACGGUGUGAUUCAUGAAAAUCAUGAGGACAUUAAAUCUUCAUCCGAGGAUCCUAUUUACAAUGGUUAUAAGGCUGUUUUGGAUUCCAAAUCCACUGAUGAAACACUGGCAUUGCAUGCAAGUUGGGAGCCGAGGCAUUCAAGGUACUGUCACAGAUUUCCAUGGCAGCAGUAUGUGAAAGUAGGAGCCGUUCUUCGCCAAUUUGGGUACACUGUGGUAGCCCUCCACGGCUGUCUCAGAACAGAAAUUCAGACUCCACCGUCUGUUCGAGCCAUGUUCAAAGACCCCUGCAAAAGGGUGGCGGCAGAGGUAUCAAAAGUACUGAUAGAACUUGCCAACAGCAUCAGGAACCGGCGCCACUGCUCCCCGGAAAUACUCUCCGAUCAUCUUCAUGAAGCCUUGCAAGACCUCAACACCGCCAUAAAGUCCCAGCCUCGGCUCUUCCUAGGCUCCGACGAUAGCAGGACCACCAACAUGCUCGCCGCCGCCGCAGCAGCAGCAUCACAGAAAAAGCCCGGGAAGAAGAACUCAUCAGGAGUGACAUUAUCAAGUGUUAAAACUGAUUCUUCUGCCUUGCUUGAAUGGAAGAACAAGAGGGCUAGCGCUGAACAAUCCAAGGAAGCAUCAGAGCGAAAGACUUUGAGGCCCCAGUUGAGUAAAAUCGCCAUUACUAGCCUCGAGUUCUCUGAGGCUCUUCCUUUCGCUGCUUUUGCUUCGUUGCUUGUGGAGACCGUCGCAAAAUUGGAUCUUGUGAUAGAGGAAGUUGAAGAACUUGGGAGGUUGGCGGGCUUUAAAGAGUACAGACCCGAUGAUGAGAUCGUCGUCACUUGUGAGCAACCCCGGCUUGACGUAACUCAGAACCACUUACCAUCUCAUGGAGUGGACUAAUUUGGAGAGAGACCUUAGGAAGUGUAUUCUAUUCAUUGACAUGAACAACGA